AUGUCUCUCGGUAUUCUGAGCCACGUCGAUGGGUCGUCGAAGUUCUCCACAGCCGCAGCCUCUGCUAUCUGCGGUGUCUCUGGGCCCAUCGAACCCAAAGCCAGGCAGGAAAUUCCGCAGCAUCUGGCCCUGGACGUAAUCGUGCGGCCAGCUGCGGGCCCGCCGACCACACGCGAGAAGCUGCUUGAAGAUAAGGUACGCGCGACCAUCACACCUGUGGUAGAGACGUUUUUGCAUCCGCGGCAGCUGUGCCAGAUUACGCUGCAGGUACUGAAGUCGGUCGGUCAGCAUGAGCACAUGGAGUUGGCUGUCGCUCUGAACGCGGCCUAUCUUGCGCUGCUGGAUGCAGGGGUGCCACUGCGGGCGGUGUUGAGCGCUGUUUCAAUAGCUGUGAGUACGGAGGGGGAGCUGACGCAGAACCCGAGCCCGGCAGAGCUGCAAGAUGCCCGGAGCGUGUUCACAGCCGCGUUCAGCGUUGCAGACGGCGUGAACACCCUGCUGCUGCUGGAUGGAAACGGAACCUUCGAGGAGUCCACGGUCUCCAAGGUGCUGGAGCUGGCGGAAAAGGAGUGUGUUCGUCUGGCGGGCGAGCUACGCCAUGCGGUGAAGGAAAAGCUAGAAAAGGACUUCAUUUGGAAGAAGUAG